AAAUACGAUUAUUCUAGGGCACAGCUUAUCAACAAUCCCUGUCAAGCUCCACACUUCCUCGCUCUCCCUGCUCCACCUACCUCAAUUUCAUUCCCUGAGAAGUGAGGGACUUCGAAAGCUUUUAAAAAAUUACGAAAGGACGAAAGGCUGUAAUUCAAGGGUCUGAUUACUAACUGAGAAUUGCCAAGUAGGGCUAUUUUUGCAGUGUUCUCAUUUGUGUCGGUAAGGCUGUUAGAUAGCUAGGUGAUCCAUGAAUGUGGGCUUCUUUUUUGUGAUAUGGGGCAGAUCAGUUACAAGUGCCUUGAGCUCUGUGAUGGCUUGAAGCCUCCCUAGUUUGUCACCCUCUAAAUAUGCUUUUCCUGCCACACAUGAGAGAAGUGAUGUAGCAGUAUUUCCAUCCUUUUUGCACAUAAUGCAUCAUGCCCAAGGUAUGCCAUCUGAUAAUGCAAAAGACAAUUCAGCGUUUGAUUCAUCUAUGAUAGAAGUGAAAAAAGACAUGGCAAAUUUAAAUGAUACAGAAAGCCCUAGAGACACGAGAAAUGAGGAAGCCUGUCGAUCUGGGGUAGAAGAACAAGUUCAUUCUUGUGAUCAGGUGGGAACUUCAGGUGCAGUCAAGAAGGAUAGACUGUAUAAUACAAGAUAUUUCAUUAUCAAGAGCUUGAACCAUCAAAAUAUUCAGUUGUCAAUUAAGAAGGGACUUUGGGCUACUCAAAUCAUGAAUGAGCCUAUUCUUGAAGAAGCAUUCCAAAAUUCUGGCAAGGUGAUUCUCAUAUUUAGUGUCAACAUGAGUGGCUUCUUCCAAGGGUAUGCUCAAAUGGUGUCUUCAGUUGGUUGGGGACGGGAUGAGAUUUGGAGUCAAGGAAGUGGUAAAAGUAAACCUUGGGGCCGAAGUUUUAAAGUCAAAUGGCUACAGUUGCAUGACUUGCCUUUUCAAAAGACUCUUCAUCUUAAAAAUCCUUGGAAUGAAUACAAACCUGUCAAAAUUAGUAGAGAUUGUCAGGUAUCAAUUAUUCUAAUCCAUCCAAGAUUUAAUAGUUGGUCCAUUCUCAGUCUCGGUAAAGUCCAUGAUCAUUACGCUUCAACCGGGUUAUUCUAUUCCACCUUUUUUACAGAGUUACCUCAGGAUAUUGGUGAAGCUCUUUGUGAGCUCCUAGAUGGGGGAGAUGAUGUGUAUCUUAAUUUGAAAAGGGAGGAAGUGAGGGAUGAUCUUUCUUCAAAAUGGCUUUACAAAGAGCAGUUGCAUUCUUUCCAAGAUGAAGACUUCAAUGUCCCUCUGAUGCAUAUGGAACCUAUGCUAUAUCCCUCUUUACUAUACCAAAAUCAAGCUGAAGCAGGUAGAUUUCAUUUAGAAAACCUGAGAACAGCUGGCAUAUAUCUUCCUGAGAAUUCGUCAAUUGCUACUGCGCCAUCCGAAGUUAAACAGUCAAAACAUUCUCGAACAAAUGGAAGUUUUGCAAGUAUAAAAGAUAGAUCUUCUCGAAUCGAUGGUUGGGGCUUGUCAGCAGAGAGAAGGCCUUUUGCUAGCACUCUGACUGAGGAUGAUAUUCUGGAAAUGACAUAUGAAGAGUACCUGGAAGCUCAUAGUAGAGGCAACAGAAGACUCAAACCCACUGCUGCUGGAACAUCUCGAAGCUUGCAGAAGUCUUCAACUAGUAAAGAAUAUUCUGAUGACUCGCAGUCGGGCUGCAGUUCAAAGAAAAGGACACGCCACCAAUGGCUCGACUGAUUGAUAUUUUACCAAGAAAUUAGGUUAUAAUCAGUUUUCAAGUGAAGCUUAUGAUAUACUUCGAAGUACAAUUGUUUCAUUUCACUUCAAAGCGCCAAGCUUUGAACUCAUUAUUCUUCAAACUACGAGUUAACAUUGCAAUCAUGUUGUAUCCAAUAUGUUUGUUCUAAUUUGUGUUUCCCCAUGGAUGGCAAUGAAUUUGUAGAUUGUGCAUAUUUCACCUUCCCUUCAUAUUGCCUU